AAGGACCCAUUUUCGACAUCCAAUAAAAACUCGACAUUUUAUGCAUAAAUUUGACUCAUUCAGCGCUUUGACCAUAAAAUAAACAAACAUUAUAUAAAACAAAUACCCAAACCACGGUGAACCUAAAAAAAGGGAGGCCCAUAAGUUAAUCUCAAGCGCCUUCCUGUUCUCAACAAAGUACACAUUUGUCUAAAACCAUCCCUGAGAAGACAAUACCCAAGCCACUAACAAUGGAGCCUAUUUAAAGUACCGAUAGUUUGUGGAUAAAACUUUUUCUCUACAGUUCUUUAGGCUAAAUGUCGACAGAAGCACCCAAAACAGCCAAACGUGAUGCCCUUCGCGAACUUGAAGGCAAAGCUCGCGCUCUUUGGGAAAAAGAAAAGACUUUUGAAGUCAAUGCACCCACCAUUGAAGAACACCCCAAUACUGACGACCUUCACAAAGUUCAUCCUAAAUUUAUGAGUUGUAUGGCUUUCCCUUACAUGAAUGGUCGUCUUCAUCUCGGUCACGCUUUUACCUUUUCCAAAGUUGAAUUUGGUAUUGGAUAUGAACGUAUGAAAGGUAAAAGAGCACUCCUUCCUCAGGGCUUUCACUGUACUGGUAUGCCCAUCAAGGCUUGUGCAGACAAACUUGCUCGUGAAAUAGAAAUGUUUGGUAAAAACUUUGAAAAGUAUGAUGAAUCAAAAGAAGAAGCGACAGAAGCCAACAAAAAUGUCAAGAGUAAGGUUGCCGCAAAGACGGGCAAUGUCACAUAUCAAUUCCAAAUCAUGCUUUCCUUGGGAAUUCCUAUUACCGAAAUUCACAAGUUUGCUGAUCCUUAUUAUUGGACCGAGUUCUUUCCUCCUCAGACGAUUGCUGAUAUGACAGCAUUUGGUGCAAAGGUUGACUGGAGACGUUCUUUCAUCACAACAGAUGCCAAUCCUUAUUUCGAUGCAUUUGUACGCUGGCAGAUGAGAAAGUUGAAAGCUAUGCAAAAAGUCAAAUUUGGCGAACGUUAUACAAUCUAUUCUAUUGUUGAUAAGCAGCCAUGUAUGGAUCACGAUCGUGCCUCUGGUGAAGCCCUUGGUCCUCAAGAAUAUACGGCUAUUAAGAUGGAAGUGCUCGAAUGGUCUGAUGCCGCCAAGGAAGCGUUGAUUUCUAGCGAUGAGAAACUCAAAGGAAAGAAGAUUUAUUUAGUAGCUGCUACCCUUAGACCUGAAACCAUGUACGGUCAAACCAACUGCUUUGUUGGAACUGAGAUUAAGUACGGUGUUUAUUAUGCUAAUGAUAACGAAGCUUAUGUCUGUACCGAACGCGCCGCUCGUAAUAUGGCAUAUCAAAAGAUCUUUGCUCAGGAAGGUGUCAUCAACAAGAUUGCUGAAAUUGACGGUAAAGACAUUGUUGGCACCAAGAUCCAUGCUCCCUUAAGCAAGUAUCCUGCUGUAUAUGUCCUUCCUAUGGAGAAUGUCUUGUCCACCAAGGGCACUGGUGUCGUUACUUCUGUUCCAUCUGAUUCUCCUGAUGAUUAUGCUACCUUAUCCGAUCUUAAGAAGAAGCCCGACUAUUACAAAGUCAAGCCCGAGUGGGUGGCAUUCGAUCCUAUUCCUAUCAUUGAAACACCUUCCUAUGGUAAUCUUACAGCACCUAAGCUUUGUGAAAUUAAAAAGAUCAACUCUCAAAAGGAUCGUGUUCAACUUGCCGAAGCCAAAGAACUUGCAUACAAGGAAGCAUUCUAUCAAGGUACCAUGUGCAUUGGUGAAUAUACUGGUAUGAAAGUCCAAGAGGCCAAGAACAAGAUUAGAGAUAUUUUGAUAAACUCAAAGGAAGCCUUUAUUUAUAAUGAACCUGAGGGUCUUGUCAUGUCUCGUUCUGGUGAUGAAUGUGUUGUUGCUCUCUUGGAUCAAUGGUACCUCGAUUACGGUGAAGAGCAAUGGAAGGCCAAGACAAAGAAAUGCUUAGACCAGAUGAACACUUAUAGCAACGAAACCAGAAAUCAAUUUGAGCAGGUCUUGGACUGGCUCAACAAGUGGGCAUGUGCUCGUAGCUUUGGUCUUGGAACGAAGCUUCCUUGGGAUGAGCAAUUCUUGGUCGAGUCUUUAUCUGAUUCUACCAUUUACAUGGCAUAUUAUACUAUUGCACAUCUCUUGCAUAAUGAUUUGAGAGGUAGCAGUGUUGGUCCUGCUGGUAUCAAGUGUGAACAGAUGACAGACAGCGUCUGGGACUACAUCUUCGGACUUGGCGACUAUCCUGCCGAUUGUGGUAUUCCUCAAGCUACUUUAGACAAAUUACGUCGUGAAUAUGAAUACUUUUAUCCCUUGGAUCUUCGUGUUUCUGGUAAAGAUCUUAUUCCUAAUCACUUGACAUUCUUCCUCUACAAUCAUACAGCCAUAUUCCCCGAAGAUAAAUGGCCACGCGGUAUUCGUUCAAACGGUCACUUGAUGCUUGAUUCUAAAAAAAUGUCCAAGAGUACUGGUAACUUUAUGACAAUGAGCGAUGCUGUCAGCAAGUAUGGUGCCGAUGCAACCCGUUUUGCUCUUGCUGAUGCCGGUGACUCAAUAGAAGAUGCUAACUUCGAGGAUGCCACAGCCAACGCUGCUAUUUUGCGUCUUUACACUCUCUUGGAAUGGUCUGAAGAACAAGUUGCUAAAGCCGAUAGCCUUCGAACGGGUGAAUUCAACUUUUUCGACAAGAUCUUUGAGAAUGAAAUGAACAAGUUGAUCAUAUUGACUAAUGAUGCCUAUGAAGCUACUUACUAUCGUGAUGUCCUUAAAUACGGUGUGUAUGAAUUCCAAGCUGCCAAGGAUGCUUACCAGAUUGCUUGUACCGAGACUGGUAUGCACAAGGAUCUUAUCAUGCGCUAUAUUGAAACACAAGCAUUACUCUUGUCACCCAUUACUCCUCACUGGUCUGAACACAUUUGGAGAACUCUUCUCAAAAAGGAAAGUUUGAUCGUGAAUGCUCUUUUCCCUAAGCCUAGUGCUGAAGUGAAUGAAGUUUUGGAAGCUGCUACUCGCUAUAUUCGUAAAACUAUCAAGGCAAUUCGUGACGCUGAGCUCAAUUUGGUAAAGAAGAAGAAGAAAGGAAAGGCUGCUGAAGCUGAAUACAAGCCCAGUGAGCCAAAGUCUCUCAAGAUCUAUGUGGCCACCAAAUUCCCCGAAUGGCAAGAGGCUACCUUGAACGUGAUGAAAGAACAUUACUCUGAAGGUCAAUUUGACGAUAUCAAGAUCCGACAACAACUUGGUGCUCAAGGCAUGUUGAAGGAUAAGAAGGUGAUGCCUUUUGUCCAAGAGCAAAAGAAGCUGAUUUUGAAAGAGGGACCUUCUGCGUUCAAUCGUGCUUUGAUCUUCAAUGAAAUUGAAACUCUUGAAACAGCUAUGGAUGAAAUAAAACGUGCUCUUGGAUUCCAUACAGUUACAAUUUUGGGCCACGACCAAUGGGCUGAAGAAGAUCUGAAGGCUGCCGAAAGUGCCGUCCCUGGUGUUCCUUCAUUUAGCUUUAAAAAUGAGAUUAAAUAAUCUUUUUAGAUAAACAAUAAAGUAAAGAGAUGUGUACACAAAUGCUGAAUUUAUAAAGCCCCUUUUUUUUGUCACUAGGACAAACAUGGCAAGGACGCAUAAAAAAUUGGAGCGUAAAAUAAAAAUGAAGGCAGAAAAAUGAUAUCUACGCAGUAACAGUUUGUUAUAGCUGCUAUUUUUUUUUUUUUUUU